GUCCGUCCGCGGCUCGAAUAGGAUGCGAAGUCAGUUUUAACGGUAAGGCGCUGAAUUAGUCCAGAUCCGACGAUGGCGGCGGCGGAAGCGUUGGAGGUGGCAGAGCUGCAACGGCGGAACAAGGAGCUCGAGCGGGCUGCGGCGGAGGGGCGGGACAGGGAGGCGGCGAUGGAGCGCGAGCUGGAACGGACGCGGCAGCGGCUCCUGGCGACGGAGGAGGCGGAGGAGCGGCUGUGCGGCCAGAUGGGGGAGCUGGAGGCGGAGUCGGUGCUGCAGGCGCGGGAGUACCUCCGCCGCAUCGAGGCUCUCUCCCACCGCCUCGCCGCCGCCCUCGAUUUACUCGCCGCCGCCGGCCUCCACCUCUCCCCCGACUCUAAUCCGAUCGGCUUUGAAUAAAAAAUAUAUUAACGGAUCUGUUUAAAAUGCUACCGUAGAUCCGAAUAUCGAUAAUCAUCCGAUCGACGUUGGUUUGUGGUUGAAUGUUGAUUGUUUUGUAUGAUAUUGUGGGAGUUUUAUUCUAUAAAAUUGUGAAAUAAUUUAUUUUUAUUA